AAACAUGUUUUAUGGUCUUCCAGAUUCAUGUGGAACGAAGCUUUACGCGUUUAUCAUGAAUUUAUUUAAGCAAUGGAUCAUGCUGAAACGUUUACGACUGUCAAUAAGGAAAAUCACAAUGAAACGAAAAAUGACAGUGAUAGUUUAAGUAUUAUUACUUUAGGAUAUUUAGAAAAUCCUGAAUUUCCUCAUUCUCUUCAUCGUCGAUUUUUUCCUUGUAAAGCUGGAGGUAAACCUGCUUGGCUUGAUCCAGAAAAUAUUCCUGAUGGUGACAAAAUAUUAGUAUGCCACCAAUGCCAACUACCUAUGACCUUUGUAUUACAAAUUUACGCUAGCCGUGAUCAACCAUCUGAUGCUUUUCAUCGCAGUAUUUAUAUUUUUGCAUGUUGCAAUUGCACGGAAACCUUUAUUGCUUUGCGAUGUCAGCUUCCAAAGCACAAUCGUUUUUAUCCACCAAUACCUGCGGAUGUUCUAACCGAAGUUUCUAGCGAAGAUGAUUGUUUGACAAAGCAUUGUUGUGUUGUUUGUGGGAUUCCUACGAAUCAAAUAGAAUCCCGGCAGGAAAUCCUCUGUAUGAAAAACAACAACAUUGGCGCCUGCACGGUAGACUUAAGAAUUCAUAAUCGAUGUAAAAAUUCUAUUGAGUGGGGAUGUGCUGUAAGUACAUUCCCUGAAGCUGAAAUCGUUAUAGAGGACGAAGAUAUGUGCACUCCUUUAGAGAAUGAGAACGAUUUAAGCUAUGAAAAUGAAUUAAUUAAGCGCUACCGCUUACAGGAACAAGAAAAUGCAGAUAACACGCUAGAUACUUCAGAGCAAGCAGCCUUUGAAGAAAUUCACAACCAACAUUCUUUUCAUGACAAAACUUUUUCUGCCUUUAUUAACUAUAUGCGGCAACACCCAAGUCAUAUUAUUCGUUAUGCGCCUAAAAGAGAACCUCUAUGGAUAAGUUCACAUAAAAAGCCUACUUGUAGUGAACUUAAAACCUUGAUUCAUCCAUGUGAAAAUUGUGGGGGCCAACGAGAAUUCGAAUUUCAAGUUCAACCGAAUUUAAUUCAUUAUUUACGUACGGAUCGACUCUCUUUUGGUGUUCUUUGUAUUUUUACCUGUAAAAAUAGUUGUACAAUAUCUAAUGGUUCCUCACGUUACGUGCGUGAAGUCGUUUUAGUUCAACCUGAACCGUUUCGUGUCACACAUUCCUAACCUUUUCUAUAAUCAAUUGCGUCUAUUUUUAGUAUAGCGACAUUUUUUGAUGUAUAUGUGAGAGUUUGAGCAUGUUAAACACCCGAUUUUGAUUGUAAAGAGAUUAUGAUUGUAGUACAAAAACAAAAAAGUAUUGUUUAAAGCUUCA